ACAGCAGGACAACAUAGCCUUGUUCUGUAAGAACCACUAUGCGGAGAUGGAGGCCAUUCUCCUCAGGGUGUAUGAAUGGCUACUGGACCGGUUCUCCUUCUUCCUGGGGGUGAAACCUGACUAUGUGUAUGAAGAAGUACUGAAGGUGGAGAGGCAUUUCCUCAGGAGCAGCAAGCCCUGGGCUAGAGCUUUAACUACGCCCACAAAGACACAGCCCAGAAAACAGCCCAACGGCAAACAAACCAGAAAAACAACUUUGUUCUCUAAGCAGCUAAAGAGAGUAACUUCAUCGAGACCAACUACUGUGGAUUGUUACUGUGCCAUAAUGCCAUGCUGACGGAUUACUUUCGUUUUUGUCUCGAUGUAACAUGAUUGAGUGUUUGCCUUUUUGUACAAAUUGCCUGUGGAUUACAAUGCGAUUACGAUGCGAAAUUAUGUUUAUGAACAUGCUGUACUUUCAGUUAUAUUAAACUAUAUUUUCUGUUAUUACAAUGUUAUAUGUGAACCUUUGUCCCAGCUAUGAAUCGAGGUUCAUAAAAAUCUGACAUUUAUGCACAUAUGGAUUUGCAACUCUGUUAAUUAAGGAAUACCUGACAUUUUAAGCUAAGACUACAGGCUGUCAAUUUGCGUGUUACUUUAGUUUUGAGUGUGAAGGACAGGUAAUGGGUGUUACCUGCCAUUAGUGGUUUUGGACUGCUUUGUCCCAAUUCUCAGACACUUCUAUGAAACUUUGUAGAAGCACCUAUGGCAGCGAAUACAGCUGUGAGUCGUAUUGGGUAUGUCUGUAUCAGCAUUGCACAUCUGGAUUUGGGGAUUUUCUCUCAUUCUUCCUUGCAGAUUUUCUCAUGCUCUGUUAAGUUAGAUGGGGAGCGGCAGUGAACAGCAAUCUUCAAGUCACUCCAGAUCAUCACCAAAUUUCACAGUGGGUGCGAGACCUGGAGAGGCCUACAAGCCACAGUGCCAGGUCAAUCAAGGUGUGGAUGUGGACCACCAGAUCAAGACCCUGUCAUGGCCAGCCCAAUCUCCAGACCUGAACACCAUUGAAAACCUCUGGAAUGUGAUCAAGAGGAAGAUGGAUGGUCACAAGCCAUCAAACAAAGCCAAGCUCCUUACAUUUUUGCUCCAGGAGUGGCAUACAAUUGGAAAAUCAGAACAUCGCUCCCCAUGAUGGCUGUCUUUCGGAACAUAUUCCCACCUAUAAAUACGUUGGGGAGUUUGGUUAGAUGAUCAUCUCUUUUAAAACUCAUAACUGAGAUGGCAAAGAAGCUGGGUUAUAUCCUUCCUGUUUGAUCCUGUCCGGGGGUAUCAUCGGAUGGGGCCACAGUGUCUCCUGACCCCUCCUGUCUCAGCCUCCAGUAUUUAUGCUGCAGUAGUUUAUGUGUCGAGGGUCUAAGGUCAGUUUGUUAUAUCUGGAGUACUUCUCCUGUCUUAUCCGGUGUCCUGUGUGAAUUUAAGUAUGCUCUCUCUAAUUCUCUCUCUCGGAGGACCUGAGCCCUAGGACCAUGCCUCAGGACUACUUGGCAUGAGGACUCCUUGCUGUCCCCAGUCUACCUGGCCGUGCUGCUGCUCCAGUUUCAACUGUUCAGCACCUGAGAAAGAGAGGUGUUCUGGUGUUCCAGAAUGAGGCGUCAUGCAGUGGUGGCCGGCGGCAGGCGCUCACGGAGGAUGACGAGGACUGGAGGGCCUUCCUAGGGAACCCCCUGACCGCCGCCUCCAAGGCCAUGAUGCACAUCAACGGAGAUGAGGACAGUGCCAAUGCUCUCCUCUACAACUACUAUAAGGUGCCACAAGACAAGAGAAUGACUGGACAGCCCAAAACAGAAGUUAUUGUGGGCGAUGCUGAUCCAAACAAUAUGAACUUCGUGGUGCCACUCCAAGAUUCCCCCCUGGCCAUGACAACUCUGAGGACCGUCCAUCGCAACACCGCGGCCCAGGGCAGCAGCCAACCCAGCCGGGGGGACAAAACCCAGGCUCUCUACCCAGCCUCAAACUCCAUAGUCUGCAUCUCCACCACCUCCAGCCCUCCCCCCUAUUCCCUCAGCCCAGAGGGGACCCAGGCCCUGCACUCCUUCCCCGUUUGCACCCCUUCUGGUCCCCACGGUUCCCAGUCGGAUGGCAUGGCCUUCAGUCGCCACCUCAGCCAGUACAGCCCCAGAGCCCGGAGCCUCACCCCUGACUCCACCUACACAAAGUCCUACAAGGACAGAUCCAAUGAGGUCUUCCCUCCCUCUGAAGAGGUCCAGCUACGUAUGACCUCCAUCCCUCCUGGUGGAUACCCUUACUACAGCUCCACAGCAAGUCAACCCUUUGAGUACAUGCUGGAGGCUCCCCAGUCCCUCUGGACCAAGGGCAGCAGUGGCCAGAUGAGCUACCUGAACAAGGCCCAGUUCUACCCCAUCACCUUGAGAGCACUAGGGGGCACCCCGCUCCAAUCUCAUCUCAGUGGAGAAGUCCGGAGUGUGGUGAUGCUUGUGUUUGGAGAGGGUAAGCUCACAGAGGACCAGCUCAAAUACUGGAAGUACUGGCACAGCAGACAGCACACAGCCAAGCAGCGUUGCAUUGAUAUUGCUGACUAUAAAGAGCGAUUCAAUACGAUCGGCAAUAUUGAGGAGAUCGCCUACAAUGCCAUCUCUUUCACAUGGAACACAAAGGACGAGCCACGGGUGUUUGUGUCUGUGAACUGUCUAAGUACAGACUUCUCCCCUCAGAAGGGAGUGAGGGGCCUUCCUCUCAACCUCCAGAUUGACACCUACAGCUUUGGGAGCCGUGGUCACAAGCUAGUACACAGAGCCUACUGCAUGAUUAAGGUGUUCUGUGACAAAGGUGCAGAGAGGAAGAUCCGAGAUGAGGAAAGGAAGCAGCCUUACAGGAAGGGAAAGAGACAGGAGACAACGGCAGCCUAUGUGGAAGACCCUCUGCAGCUGAAGCAUGUGGCCAUAGCAUCGUUCAAAGCCAUGAGUGACAUGGACUCCCAGCCAGUUCUCUUUAUCCCAGAGGUCCACUUCCCCAGCACCCAGCACCACCAUGCAAGCCUAUCAGAUGACGGUGAGGAUAACUUGGGGCAGAAGAGACUACUCCACUGUGAUGAGGACUUUGAGUUGGCUCCUCACAAGAAAGCAAGGCGGGACGGACCAGAGAAAGUGCUGCUUUAUGUCCGUAAGGAGACAGAGGAGGUGUUUGAUGCUCUGAUGCUGAAGACGCCCACUCUGGCAGGACUACUGGAGGCUGUAACCGAUAAAUACGAGCUGCCGCUUGAAAAAAUGGGGAAAGUCUACAAGAGGUGCAAAAAAGGGAUCUUAGUCCAUAUGGACGAUAACAUCAUCAAGCAUUACUCCAACGAGGAUGCCUUCCAGAUCAACAUGGAAGAGGUGGGGGGGGAAAUGCUGCUGACACUGACUGAGAUCUGAGUCCGGACAAGGGAAGUAUUCAUCAGGGCACAACUUUUUGCAACGGAAAGUGAAAAUUAGCGUUUCUUAUUUGGUCCUUUUUCUACCUAGUGAAUAUGAACACAACCCUGGUCAGGGGGAGUGGAGUCUGUUGUCAUGGGCCUCCAGGGGGAGACCCUUGGAGGUGGAACACAUGUUGACCCCGGCAGCUGAGGGACACAACCGUAGGAUUAGUCACCUGUUUACACAACUGUAACAGACUUCUAAAAGGAAAACAAGAUAUUUUCAUGAGUUCUGCCUUUCUGCUGCGCCAGUGUCUGAGGCCAUUUCUGGUGUGGUUGGUUGCACAAAAUGGCUACCUUGAUCACUGGCAAGAAAAAUACAUUUAAGUAUUUUCACAUAAAAUGUGACUGAGUGAUUGCUUCACAAGCAGAUGAUGGGAGUCACACUGUACUACUGGGGCUUUUUGGCAGUAGCUACGGUACAAGAUGAAACUAUGAUGAGGACCAUUUGGAAACAAUAUUGUGUAACGGCCAAUGAUAUUUUCCUACUUUUUAGAUGUUUUUUUCAUGUGUAGUUUUUGAUCAACUACUUUUUGCUAUAUAUUCACAGACAAGACAGCAGCGAUGUCUUCAGAAUGCCAGUUAACGUAUGAAAGUAUUACAUAUUAUUUUGAAGUACAGUACCAGUCAAGUUUGGACACACCUACUCAUUCCAGGUUUUUUUUUUUUUUAUACUAUUUUCUACAUUGUAAAAUAAUAGCGAAGACAUCAAAACGAUGAAAUAACACAAAUGGAAUCAUGUAGUAACCAAAAAAUUAUUAAACAAAUCAAAAUAUAUUUUAGAUUCUUCAAAGUAGCCAUCCUUUGCCUUGAUGGCAGCUUUGCCACUCUUGGCAUUCUCUCAACAAGCUUCAUGAGGUAGUCACCUGGAAUGCAUUUAAUUUAACAGGUGUGCCUUGUUAAAAGUUAAUUUGUGGAAUUUUUUUCCUUAAUGCAUUUGAGCCAAUCAGUUGUGUUGUGGCAAGGUAGGGCUGGUAUACAGAAGAUAGCCCUAUUUGGUAAAAGACCAACUCCAUAUUAUGGCAAGAACAGUUUAAAUAAGCAAAGAGAAACGACAGUCCAUCAUUACUUAAAGACAUGAAGUUAAAUGUCAAGAAGUUUCUUCAAGUGCAGUCGCAAAAACCAUCAAGCGCUAUGAUAAAACUUGCUCUCAUGAGGACCGCCACAGGAAAGGUAGACACAGUUACCUCUGCUGCAGAGGAUAAGCUCAUUAGUUACCAGCCUCAGAAAUUGCAGCCCAAAUGUUUCACAGAGUUCAAAUAACAGACAUCUCAACAUCAUCUGCUUAGAGGAGACUUUGUGAAUCAGGCCUUCAUGGCCGAAUUGCUGCAAAGAAACCACUACUAAAGGACACCAAUAAUAAGAAGAGACUUGUUUGGGCCAAGAAACAUAAGCAAUGGACAUUAGACCGGUGGAAAUCUGACCUUUGGUCUGAUGAGUUCAAAUUUGAGAUUUUUGGUUCCAUCUGCCGUGUCUUUGUGAGACGCAGAGUAGGUGAACGGAUGAUCUCCGCAUGUGUGGUUCCCACGGUGAAGGAGGAGGAGGUGUGAUGGUGUGGGCGUGCUUUGCUGGUGACACUGUCUGUGAUUUAUUUAGAAUUCAAGGCACACUUAACCAGCAUGGCUACCACAGCAUUCUGCAGCGAUUCGCCACCCCAUCUGUUUUGCGCUUAGUGGGACUAUCAUUUGUUUUUCAACAGUACAAUCACCCAAAACACACCUCCAGGCUUUAAGGCCUAUUUGACCAAGAAGGAGAGUUAAGGAGUGCUGCAUCAGAUGACCUGGCCUGCACAAUCACCCGACCUCAACCCAAUUGAAAUGGUUUGGGAUGAGUUGGACCGCAGAGUGAAGGAAAAGCAGCGGACAAGUGCUCAGCAUAUGUGGGAACUCCUUCAAGAAUGUUGGAAAAGCUACUUUGGAGAAUCUAAAAUAUAAAACAUGUUUUGACUUGUUUAACACUUUUUUUGGUUACUACAUGAUUCCAUAUGUGUUCUUUCAUAGUUUUUAUGUCUUCACUAUUAUUCUACAAUGUAGAAAAUAGUAAAAAUAAAGAAAAAAAUCCUUGAAUGAGUAGGUGUGUGUCACGACUUCCACCGAAGUUGUUCCCUCUCCUUGUUCGGGCGGCGUUUUGGCGGUCGACGUCACCGGCUUUCUAGCCGCCACCAAUCCAUGUUUCAUUUUUCCUUUUGUUUUGUCUAUUUUACACACCUGGUUCCCAUCUCAUAAUUAUCUUCCUUAUUUACAUUUACAUUUAAGUCAUUUAGCAGACGCUCUUAUCCAGAGCGACUUACAAAUUGACCCUCUGGUUUCCCUUUCUGUUUUGUGCGUGAUUGUCUUUUGAUGGUGUGUUGUAUUUUGAGUCCUGUUUUGUCCUUGUUUGGAACGGGAUUUUGUUACGUUUUGGAGUAAAUCAGUGAUUGUUACUCUUAUCUGUGUCCUGCGCUUGACUCCUUCGCUAUCUUUUAGAUAGACUCUGACAGUGUGUCCAAACGUUUGACUGAUACUGUAUAUUUCAAAGAUAUGUAAAACAUGAUGCGGUGACUGGCUAUUUCUGUCAGUACUUUUUGUAUUUAUUAACUCUGUGAUGAUUUAAUUUUUUGUAAGUUUAAAUCAUGAAAAAAGGGAUAUGAAUUAAAUUAUAGCUAUGUAUUUAUAUUUACAUCUUGAACAUUUUGUGCAAUUUUGUGUGUGUCUGAACGUAAAUUUAUAGGUGGCAACACAAUGUUUUGAGAUGACGGAAUGUGAAUAUUUCUUUGCAACAGGAAAUGAGGGUUGGGGUCAAAGUGUGUUAAUGUUUCAAUUUGGACUGACUCGAUUUGGAGUCAGUCCUGUCAGCAGAUGCUUACCCACAGUGGUUAUUAAAUUUGUAAAAAGUCA